AGUUACUGAAGCAAAGAGUUUAGUAAAAAUACGGUUCUGGUGCUGCUGGUCCGCCCACUAUCUGUCAACGUUCCAAGCUUCGGGAAGAAAGUCGCUGUCUGCGCUGUGGCUGCCGCUAACAUGCGGGAUUACGAUGAAAUUACCGCUUUCUUGCGAGGCUGGGGACCACAUCAGAAAUUUCUCUUCUUUCUUCUGAGUGUCAGCGUCAUUCCGAAUGGUUUCACCGGAUUAAGCAUAAUUUUCGUCGGAGAUGUCCCAGAACAUCACUGCUUAAUUCCCGAGAACCUCAACCUCAGCGAAGCAUGGAGGAACAAGACCAUCCCUCUACAAGGCGCCGAACAGCAGCGCAGCAGGUGCAGUCGGUACCGGCUGGACGUGAUAAUGAACCUUUCGGAAACGUUCCCCGACCCCGAUUUCCUCAACAUGUCUGAGAUCGAACAGGAACCGUGUCUGGAUGGAUGGGAGUACAGUAAGGAGCAGUACAUCUCCACUAUCGUCUCCGAGUGGGACUUGGUGUGUAACAAUGGCUGGAAAGAACCGUUCACUGCAUCAUUGUACUUCAUGGGAGUGUUAGUAGGUUCCUUUAGUUCUGGAAUAUUAUCAGACAGGUUUGGGAGGAAAAUUGUUAUGUUUGGGACAAUGGUGCUACAGGUUGCGUUCAAUGUGCUUAUCACAUUCUCACCAAACUUGGAAAUCUUCUGCCUGAUUAAUUUCUUGAAAGGUUUUGGUGAAAUUUCAAAUUAUAUGUCUGCCUUUGUUCUUGGAUCUGAACUUCUUGAAAAAUCCAUUCGGAUUGCAUACUCUACACUUGGAGUUGCCAUGUGUUUUGCAUUGGGCUAUAUGAUCCUGCCUUUUGUUGCAUAUUUCAUAAGAAAAUGGCAGACGCUAAUAUUGACCCUGUCUCUCAGCUGUUUGGUGUACAUUCCUUUGUGGUGGUUAAUUCCUGAAUCUCCACGCUGGCUAUUAUCUAAAGGAAGAGUAGAGGAAGCUGAAUCAAUACUUCGACUCAUGGCAAAGAAAAAUGGUGUCACUCCUCCAGCGAAGCUUUUCAGUGAAGAUGAGCUCAAGCACAUAAAGAAUAAUAAAGUAAAAUCUGUUCCAUUUACUCAGUUGUUAAAAACCUGUAAUAUCCGAACCAUCACAAUCAUUAACAUUCUGCUGUGGAUGAUUAUAUCAAUGGGAUACUAUGGUCUGUCAUUGAACAUACCCAAUCUCCAUGGUGAUGACUAUCUGAAUUGUUUCCUCUUUGCUGCCUCAGAGAUUCCAGCUAACAUAGCAACAUGGCUUCUCUUCAGGAAAUAUCCACGCAAGUUCAGCCUUCCAGUCAUUCUUUUUCUUAGUGGAAGUAUCCUGCUCUUCAUUCAUCUCAUCCCAUCACGUUUUUUAUCACUUGCUACAGUGCUGGUGUUAAUUGGAAAAUUGGGAAAUACAUGUGCCUUUUCCAUGGUUUUUGUCUACACCGCUGAACUGUAUCCAACUCUGGUGAGAAACACAGGCAUUGGAGUGAGUUCAAUGGCAUCCAGGCUCGGCAGUGUUAUUUCACCUUACAUUAUUUUGCUUGAUGCUUAUCAAGAGAAUCUGUCACUUAUUGUGAUCGGGGUGUUAACAAUGUUCGCAGCAAUUGCAGUUUUGUUUCUGCCCGAAACAUUUAAUGUUCCUCUCCCAGAUACUAUGGACCAAAUGCAAAAAAUCUAUUGGUUCAAAGGUAGAAGGUAUGUUCACGCUAAUUCAAGCAAAAAUGAAACAACAGAAAAAAACAGGGUGAUCGUUCUUGAGGAAGCAGCUUGACACUUUUUUGACCACAGAUCUAUAGCGGCAGACAAACAACUGAAGAUUUCAUCACAAAUUGGAUCAUGGAUUAGCAGAUUCUUCUGCGAAAACAUAAAGUGAAAAUGAGAAAAAUGGGUGUCCUCCCUAAAAUGCUCAGAUGCUCUGCAAGUGACAGGUUUUGAUGGUUCUUACCAAGUUCUAAUGAAAUAUAUUUUCUGGAAAAUUUUCUGCAAGAUAUUAUGGGAAAAAAUGAAAUUUCUGGGCUUCUUUGGAUCAAAUUACCUUAUAAUCACUUGAUUUUUCUUCUUCAUAGAGCAAUUUAUUAAAUACAGUGAAACAAGCCACAAUAUCUACCCAGUCCAGUGGUUUCCUUCAGUAAUGUUAUCUGCUACCAACUCUUGCUAUGUUUAUCCAGCUUUGCUCCAAACCCUCUGUCAGUAGAAUUUCACAGGGCCCGUGUUAAACUCAUUCUUGUUACAAUUUAAGUCUAAUUCUUUAAUAUGUAACAAAGAGUUUGCAGAAAAUACAAAAACUGCUUUGUAUUUAACAGAAAGGAAGAAAAGGAAGAAAUUUUUGCCUAGAAAUGGGUUACGGACCUGACCAUGCGAUUGACUUUCAGGUGGAGAACAGUUAGGCAAUAGUGAUAUCAGCUCCUUACAUGUUAAAGAUAAGCAUUGACCUAGUGGGAGAGUAUUAAACUGGCGAAGAGCAAUUCACAAAAAUGUUCGGCAUAAAUUUGGAAAAGUUCAUCGGAAAUAGCUGUUUUUGGCCAAGUCCAGAUCUGACAUGUAGAGGGUGCUUAAAGACCAACUACACAGAGCAUAGGGCAGGUAUUUUCCAGAUUAAAGGAAGUCGAGAGAGGUGGUGAACUUAGUCAAGAAUGAAAAUGAAGCAUUUGUAAGGUUUAGGAAGCUAAAUUAAACUAGAGCUCUUGAGGAUUACAAAGAAGCCAGAAAAGAUCUCAAUGAGGGAAUAAUGAAAGCCAAGAUGGGUCAUGAAAAGCCCUUGGUAAGUAGGAUUAAAGAGAAUCUCAAGGCAUUCUAUACAUCAAGAGCAAGAGAAUAACUAGGGAAGGAUAGCUCAUUCAAGGAUAAAGGACUGAAUACCUUAACAAACAUCCUUGUGGCCUCUCUAUGUCCAAGAGGGGUGAAGAGUAGCUAAAUUUGUUCAGUUAUUUAAGAAGGAAAAUGGGCGCAUGACUGGAAGUCUUAGACUGGUGAGUCUCAUGUCAGUGGUGGGGAUGUUGACCGUUCGUCAACAGAAGUAUGUUCAGAAGCUUACCACACAACACUUAAUUAAUCAAAGCUUGCACUUUAUUGACUCUGCACAAGUAACCGCAUAACUAUGUUGAUCCCAGGCCAACAACUUAAAACAUGAAUUUUACUGAUUCCUUUGUACCAAUACUCACUCAGGCCACUUUUCCAAUUUAUAACACUGAAACAGGAGAUCUCUGUCCGCCAGACGAUCAAUCUUUUCUUCUCCCAGCCCCUGGCAUGGGGGUUCUUCCUUACAAUGGUGGGACUCUGGAGAGAGCUAUUGCUAUCUUGUAUCCGAAAACCUCUGCUGUUAUAUCCAUUCCUUACCAAUUCAAGUGUUUCCUUUCAGUUUUAUCGGCUGUGGCUCAUUAGACUGACCUUUAACACCUUAUUGGCUGUGCUCCAUGCCAACAUCCAUUUAUUGCCACUCUUCCACAAGUGACAACUGACAACUGGUAAUAUAUGGCUGUUUGUUUAAAAUCAGUUACAAAAGCAGCAACCAGUUUGAAUUAAUCAGGGCAGACACAGACCCCAAAAGUCACAAACCCACAUGUUAUAUCUAACCAUGGAGUACCUCACAAAUAACUUCUUAUUUGGAAAUGCUCUCUAGUCCAGCAGGUUACCUGCAGCAUCAUUGUCUACCUUUAAACACUGCUCAAGCCAGGCUACUUGAGUUCACAAAAUAGAGGACAGGACUGUUUCACAAAAUAAUAGCCUCUGUUCCCUCGACCUCAUAGCAAGAACAAAGACAACUGACUUGAAUGCUACCACUGUCCUUGACCCGUUCGAGUUUGGCAUUUUCUUCAUAUUUUAUAUCCACCACAGCUAAUAGGGAAGUUACUGGAGAGGAAUCUGAAGGAAAGAUUAGAGUGUAAUGCCUUGGUUAAGAUUUUUACUGCUAUGCUGUAGCGAUUUCAUUUCAGCAGUUCUGUAAAAGCAGUGUGGUCUACUUUUAAAAUGCUUUGGAUUUCAGCUAAAAGACAAGGGGCUAUGAUGUUCAAUUUAGGAAUUCUGUAUCAGCCAAUCAGGUUGGCAGAAUCAGGAGAAAGUUUGAGAGAGCGGGGCGGAGAGAGAUUUGUGAUGGACAUUGUGGUUCACGAAUCUUGUUUUGGUGGGAGCUGCAGAGAGCAUAGGAAGGAGGAUGGCUGAGGAUGCAGUGGGAACAGCAUCUCUGUUGCACAAAGUGCAUUGUGCAGAUGAAUGGCUCCAAGGAAGAGGGGCCAAUACUCCUGAUAAGAGCACUCAUUUGUUCGAGGUGGAUUUUGAGCGAAGUUCGGAACGUGGUGUGUGAUUUCAUGCAAACCGUGGGUCCAACACGUGAGUGAAAAGACAACUAACUUCUUGCUAACUGACAAUUGUGUACGGGCAACAUCUACGUAUCAUUUACUCAAAUUGAGGUUUCUUUAAUCAGAACAUCAUGACAUUCCCUGUUUGGUUCAACCCCAAAUCAUACCCACCCUUGAAGCCCAUUGUUUAUGAAAGGCGGUCUUCUCACCACUGAGUGCAUGGCUGUUAACGGUAUUGCAUGGUGGGAGAUCAAAUAUGGAGAGACAGUACACUGUGAAUAGCAAGGCCCUUAACAGCCUUGAUGUGCAGAAGGACCUAGGGGUCCAAGUCCAUAGCUCCCGUAAAGUGGUUACACAGGUUGAUAGGGUGGUAAAGAAGGCAUGUGGCAUGGCUGUAUUUAUUAGUCAGGAUUGAGUUCAAGAGUUGAGAAGUUACAGCUUUGUAUACAUCUUUGUAUUAUAUUUAAUUCUAGUAGGAAGGAUGAGAAGGAUUUGGAUAAGUUACAAAGAGGUUUAGCUAAAUGCUUCCUUUUUUAGAGAACAUGCAAUAGGGAGAGGUUGGACAAACUUGUGUUUUCUCUGGAACAGCAGAUUAGACAUGUGAACACAGACAGAGUCAACAGGUUUGGAAUGUCUGAUACCAGUGAGUUUGCAUUUAAGGUGAGAGAGGAUAAGUUCGAAGGAGAGGUGUGCUACAAUUUUUUUAAGGAGGUGUGAGUGCUUCGCUGUGAGGUAAAUAUGACAGAGGUGUUUGAAAAGCUCUUACAUACUGUUGUUGCAUGAAUGUGCAGGAAAUGGAAGAAUAUGGGCAUUGAUUAGGCAAAAGAGAUUAGUCCAGUGAGACAUUUGAUUACCAAUUUAAUUAGUUUGACACAACAUUGCCUAUUCCUGUGCUGUCCUCUUCCAUGUUCUAGUAGAUGAAUGUCAAAGUCAAAGAACAUUUGUUAUCAAAGUAUGUAUAAAUUACACAAUGUUGAGAUUCAUCUGCAUACAGGCAGCCACAAAGCAAGAAACCCAAAAGAACCCAAUUUUUAAAAAAGACCAAUUUUAAAAAGUGCACAGAAAAAGAGGAAAAACACACAGAUCAUGCAAAUAAUUAGAGCAAGCAACUGCAUUCUGUACAUAUAAGUCAUCUGAUCUGUUGAGGAAAAACAGAGGAAAAUAGAAUUCUGUCCAGAGCAGAGUAACAUAAUAUAUUCGGGGAGUUACAGCAGAGCGCAAGACAGCCGACAAUAAAUGGAAGGUUAUCAAGUGAAAUAGAGAAACUUGAAGUAUACAUCCAGAGAAUUUUAAGUUGGUUAAAAAAGUAAAAUAGGAUAUUUUCCUUUAUUAGUCAAAUUAUUGUUCCCUCCCCCUCCCCUCUUCUUCAUUUCCCCAUUCUGGCCUCUUACCUCUUCUCCUCAUCUAACUAUCUCCUCUACUGGUGCCCCUCCUCCUCUGCUUUCUCCGAUGAUCCACUCUCCAGUUCUAUCAGAUUCUUUCUUCUUUAGCCCUUUGGCUUUUCCAUUUAUCACCUUCCAGCUUUUUACUUCAUCCCACCCACCUGGCUUCACCUAUCACCUUCUAGCAUGUCCUCUUUCCCCUCCCCCCCCCCGCCAAUCUGGCAUCCGAAAUGUCAACCAUUUAUUCAUUUCCAUAGAUGCUGCCUGACCUGCAGAAUUCCUCCAGCAUUUCGUGUGUGAUGUUCUUAAUACAGAUCAUGUUUCUCGCUGAUUUACAUUAGAUCACUAAUUCUGUUUCUCUAUCUGCCAAUGCUAAUUGAUCUGCUGAGUAUUUCCAGCAUUUACCAUUCAGUUUUGAUACAUUGUGCUGAUGACAAUAUUUGAAAUAAUUUCCGAUUUUAAUCCCAUAACCCAGUUUUUUCUUCAGGUAGAUGUACAUUCAACUUUGGAGCUUGGAUUCCAUUCUUUUAACAGGAAGUACAUUCCAUAUCCUGCUCCUUAUUGUCUAACAAAACUCCUCAAUGAUUUAGAAUACAGACAUUAAUCCCCCUUAUGGUAUAUCUCCUACAUAACCGUGACAUGAUUCCAGAUUCCUCAGGGACUGACAAAAUGUUCUCUUGGACCGAAAUGCAGAAAUUGCCAGGGCCCUAGCAGAGAUAUUUAAAACAUCCUUAGCAACAGGAGAGGUACCAGAGGAUUGGUGGAUAGCCAAUGUUGUUCCACUGUUUAAAAAAGCUCUGAACAGAAACCAGGAAAUUAUAAGCUAGUGUGUCUUACACAGUGAACAGUAAGGCACUGAUGAGUGUGAUCUGGGCAUACAGGUCCAUAAUUCUUUCAAAGUGGUGUCACAGGUAGAUAGGAAAGAAACUUCUUAGCACAUUGGUUUUCAUAAAUCAUUGUAAUGAGUACAGAAGAUGGAAUGUUAUGUUGAAGUUGUAUAAGAUGUUGAGUCCUAAUGUGGGGUACUGUGCGCGGUUUUGUUCACCUAUCUACAGGAAAGAUGUAAACAAGCUUGAAUGAGUGCAGAGAAAAUUUGCAAGGAUGUUGCCAGGUCUGGAGGACCUAAGUUAUAAGGAAAGAUUGAAUAGAUUAGGACUGUAUUCUUCAGAAUGUAGAAGAUUGAGAGGACAUUUGAUAAAGGUAUAUAAAAUUGUGAGGGGUAUAGUUAUGGUAAAUGCAAGCAGACAUUUUCCACUGAGGUUGGGUGGGACUACAACCGGAAGUCAUGGGUUAAAGGUAAAAGGUGAGAAGUUUAAGGGGAACAUGAGGGGAAACUUCUUCACUCAGAGGGUUGUGGAAUGAGCUGCCUGCACAAGUGGUGCAUUCAAGCUCUGUAUCAACGUUUAAGAGAAGUCUAGAUAGGUAUAUGGAUAAUAAGUGUAUGGAGUGCUAUGGUGCUGGUGCAGGUUGAUGAGAGUAGGCAGUUUAAGUGAUUUCAGCAUAGAUUAGAUGGGUUGAUGGGCCUGUUUCUGGGCUGUACUUCUCUCUGACUCAAAUGAAUGAUGCUAGAACAUGACUUAGUAGCUGAGGCUUGGGCUGUGAUUAAUAAAGUAUUUGGGUGCUUUCUUUGUUUUGAAUUUAAUAAUGCCAUUUAAAAACAAGAGCUUCAUUUGCACUUUGAUAUCUACUUUUCAAUCAAGCACCGCAGGAUUUAAAAUCUUAUGAUUUUGCAUCGAUGGAACUUUCAUCCUAUCAAAUCAGUGACCAUAGACUGUAAUUCUUUUUAUAUUGUGUUGUACAGUUUAUCACUUCAGAACUAAUAAAAUUAUAUUAAAAUUCAAAUUAUUUAU